AUGUCAGAACGCUCGGAAUCGCCGUCCACGGUGGGAAAGCUACUCUCCAAGACACGGUCACGAAAUCGAAAGAAUGGAGAUUCUGCAACGAAUUCAGUCCAUAGUGACAAAAACGAGGGACAUGGUCUGCGAGCAUCAAUAGACAACACGAUUGAUAAGCUGAAGGGUCAUACUGGGUCGGACGAUGAAGGGAAGGCUGGCAUCAAGAAGCUUGUGCCCAAGGUGUUAGUACCGAAACGCAAAAGAAGGCAACAGGAAGAAGAGAUGCGCGCAAGUGAAGAAGCUGCAGCAGAAGCAGCUCGAGGAAGAAGCGUUGCUGAACGAGGCACACUGAGAAACAACAGCAACACGCCGUCCAAUGGAUCGAAUGAUGCGAGCAGUUUGCUCACCUACGAGGAGUCCGAUGGGGAAUCACCGCUCGAUACACGGCCUGGGCUUUCAACACAUGCGUCCCACAUCGGAUACCUCACUUCGUCAUCGCCUCUGCUGCAAACCUCGAUCGUACCUGAGAUAACGCAUACAAAUACCCUGGACGGAGCAGUGUCGGACGUGCAGCCUUCACCACGAACAAACGAAGUGGCUCCUUCAGACUCGGCGGUAUCCCUCUUGGCCGACAACCAGCUUCGAGCACCCUCUGACAGUUCACAACGAAGAUCUCCAUCACCGGUUGGCAGAUUAAAAGAGGCUUUCAAGCCGCGGCGGGGGGGCAGCCCCAACAGUAGCCCUGAGCGCAAAGUUGGGGGCAGCGGGCCUGGAGCGGCAUCUAGAGAAAAUCUGGGGAAUAACAGCAGACGAGGAAGUGUCGUCUCAAGGAUAUUUGAUAAAUCAGGACCACAAUCAAACUCUGCCAGUUCGUCCCCGGAGAGGCCACGAAACUCGAAGCCGCAACCUAUAGAUACGCAUGCUACGCCACAAACACCGCCUCCAAGCGACCUGUCGAGAGCUCCUACAAUUGUCAACACACCACCUACACCAACAGAAACGGGAGAAGGUCGAGCUGGUGCUGGUCGUGACAGAGUCAAUUCAGAUCCUGCCGCCCAAAAUACCAAUGUGGUCACAUCUCCUUCGGGGAAUAUGAUAUCGCACCGACGUGUGAGAUCCAACUCAGCAGCGUUAGGCCCUAGUAAAUUGUCAAAUAUCACAUCAGCACCGUUAACUCCUACACCAGAGAACGGCUCUACUACACCAAGCGCUGGAGGCUUCUUCUCUUCCGUCUUUUCUGCCGCUCAGAACGCUGCGAAUACUCUGAGCAGUAGUAUAGCCAACACAUCGGUUGCGCCGAACAAUAGGAACAAAAGCAAUACUGCUCAAGAAUUGAAAGAGAUAGUGGAGAGCCCUGAGGUCGAAAGUCUCGCCGACAAAACAAAUUCCGAGAGUUCUGCUGGGGAGAAGGAGUUGGCUGUGAAGACACUGGGCAUGGGCGAUUUGAACCUCAGUCACCUAGGAAUAUCAGAAACGCAAAGCAACACAAGCACGCCAAUGGCGUUAAGAUUUCCAGAAGAUGGUCGCAGUAGAGCGAGCACAAAUGAGAGUCCCUUCAGCAACCCGGACAUAUCUUCAACGACACUGACCGGCGCCGAAGGUUUCGAUACCGCACCCGCUUCUGUCGUAGACGAUACUCCAGUACCUGCACCUCGAUCCAACUAUGAGCACUCUGCGGGAGAGCAGACUCCACCAAAUGGGAGUCUUUUUGAGGGCAAGGGCGGCAUACAUCGAAGUGGUAGUAUUCGGAGCUCGAAAUUUGGUCAUAGAAGGAAAAGAGGAAGUUCGGCGGCCACCGGUGGUAGUACUAUUGGUGCUGCUCUUUUGGCCUCACAUUCUGCUCUCUCAAGCCCUAAUAACGGUACGCCAAAAAUCACAGGAUUUGCUGUCGCAAGCAAGAAGCGGAAUCGCGACUUCCACAACCUAUUCAAAAGCGUACCGGAGGAUGAUUACUUGAUAGAAGAUUAUAGCUGUGCCUUACAAAGAGAAAUCCUUGCACAUGGCCGUUUAUACGUUUCCGAAGGUCAUCUCUGUUUUAGCAGCAACAUUUUCGGCUGGGUCACUACGUUGGUUAUGAGUUUCGAUGAGAUUGUCUCUGUAGAAAAACGCAGUACCGCUUUGCUAUUCAAGAAUGGGCUUAUGAUUUCGACUCUUCAUGCCAAGAACAUUUUCGCUAGUUUUACAAGUCGAGAUUCUACUUAUGACUUGAUUGUUGGCAUUUGGAAACUCGGACACCCCAGUUUGAGAAGUUCUCUUAACGGCGUAGCUAUCCCUGAAACCGGAGGUGGGGACAAGACAGAAAAGUAUGAUGGUACUCCUGCCGCUGCUGGAAGUCAGAGUGGUUCAGAAUCCGAUAGCGAGGGCGAAGAUGGCGACGAGAUGUAUGACGAAGAUGAAGAGGAUGAAGAUGGAAUGAGUUUCACUCAAGCAGAUGGUAGUGUGGCUGGAAGUGAUGUUGGUGAGCGGGUGGUUAGCCGCAAGCCUUCGGCACCGAUUGUGUCUAAUGGAACGACUUCAGUCGAAAAGAAAGAAGAUACACCAGCUACAGCGGGAGGGGACUUUCCAGGUCCAGCUUCACACGCUCCAACUAAAUGCGGCGACGCAGACACACAUUUCCCAAGAGUUUUGGCUGAUGAGAUUAUUGCUGCCCCUCUAGGCAAAGUCUACAGCAUGCUAUUUGGGCCUCAAUCAUCGACUUGGUACAAAAACUUCUUGCUCGUGGACCAAAAAUGCUUCGACUUGGUUCAGGAGGGUAGCAGUGCGCUACCUUUAACUCUGGAGAACAAAGUCCGUAACUACUCUUAUAUAAAACCUCUGAGUGGUGCCAUUGGUCCAAAACAGACGAAAUGUAUUAGUAUCGAAACUCUCGAUUCUCUGGAUCUGGAGAAAGCGGUCUCUGUCACUAUUGGAACCCAAAAUCCAGAUGUGCCUAGCGGCAAUGUUUUUAGUGUCAAAACGAGAUAUUGUCUCAUGUGGGCUGAGAACAAUUCUACCCGAUUUCUAGUUACAUGUGUUAUCGAAUGGACAGGAAAGAGUUGGCUAAAGGGUCCAAUUGAAAAGGGUACGAAUGAUGGUCAAGCAGCAUACGCAAAAGAUCUUGUUGCGGCUCUUAAGGCCGCGGUUUCUAAGGGACGCCCAACCGCGGCAGUAGCCGGUAGAGGCAAGAAGAAGGGCCGUAAGGGUCGCGAAUCGAAAGGAAUCAACAAAACCACAGAUGGAGCCUCAGAUCCUAAGCCUGCGGUAUCGAACUGGGGAUUAUUUGAACCACUUCACGGUAUCCUCGGUCCUGUUGCGGAUAUUUUUGGUCCACUAUUUACAGGCAACAUGGUAUACGGUCUCCUGGUCGGCCUACUAGUCACCGCAUGGUUCGGCUUUGGUUUCCCAAGCAGAAAUUCCAGUCGAGGCUCGGGCAUGGGUUUCAUCACCACCCCCGAACGCGUAGCGGCCUACGAAGAGAUGUGGAGGCGCGAAGAAAGCGAGCUCUGGGAAUGGCUGGAAGAUCGCGUCGGCACGGCUGGUCUUCGAAAUGCGGCGAAUAUGCCGAUCGAGGCGAAGAAUAUCAAGGAUAAACUUGGGGGUGAGAAGAUGGAGGCGUGGAAGGUGGAUGCUGCGAUUAGGGUUACGGAGGAGAAGUUGAAUGUGCUUAAGGAUUCGGUGGCGAAGAAGAAAGAGGAGAUGAAGGCAGAUCAGUCGUGA